CCCAGACACUGGCCUCCUACGGCGUACAGCUUCCCUUGUACCGCCAGCAGCUUGAAGUUGGACCUGAUGGAGAGGACAUAGAAGUGGUGUGUGAUCCGAGCUGAGGAUGCGGGAGCAGGUGUGGGCCUCCUGGUUUCUCCGCUGCCUUUUACUCAUAAUCACCGCUCACACAUCAUCCGUGUCCGCAGACAGAGACCUGCGGCCGUGCGAUGAGACAGACUACUACUACCAGUACACAGAGUGUGACAGCACAGGGUCACGAUGGAGGGUUGCCAUCCCUCUCAAUCCAGGCUCCUGCUCAGAUCUUCCACCUCCGACCAGAGGAACAGACUGUUCUUUCUCCUGUCCAGCUGGGAUGUUUCUAGAGAUGACCACACAGCAGUGCACACCCUGUGCGGCCGGCUCCUAUUCGCUGGGCAGUGGCCUCCGUUUUGACCAAUGGGACGCCAUCCCUGCAGGUUUCACCAGUGUGGCCAGCUUCAUGGACCCCGGCCCAAAUGGGGAGGACAUUCAGGCCUGUAACAGCUCAACAUGGUCGCCACAGGGUGUGUAUCUGGAGUCGAAUCGCGAUGAGUGCACAGUGUCUUUGGUUUACGCCGUCCAUCUGGAGAAACAGGGCUCCGUCUCCUUCACCUACCAGUACCCUGACAACAACAUUUUCUUUGAGUUUUAUGUCCAGAACGAGCAGUGUCAGGAAAUGGCCCAGACUGAUGACCAGAAGUGGAUUAAAGUCACUAAAAAUGGAGAAUGGGACACACACACAGUGAAUCUGAAGUCAGGUACGAACAUCCUGUAUUGGAGAACAACUGGUAUCCUGGUGGGAGGAGGAAAGAUGGUCAAACCUGUGCUGCUCAAGAACAUCCAAAUAGAGGGUGUAGCCUACACAUCAGAGUGUUUUCCAUGCCGGCCCGGCUGGUUCAGUUCAGACCCCGGCUCCUCAUCCUGUCAGCCCUGUCCCAGCAACACCUUCUCCAUAAAGGACGCGUCCUCCUGUACACGCUGCCCUGAACACCACUACUCACAUGAGGGAUGGGCUGAAUGUAAGGCGAGGCCGCCAUGCUCAGAGAAGGAUUACUUCCAGAUCCACACAGCCUGCGACAGCGAAGGAAAGACGCAAGUGUUAUAUCGUUGGGUGGAGCCAAAAAUCUGUGUGGAGAACGUCACAGGGGCCGUGGAGCUGCCUGCAACUGGGCAGAGAGAGCCAUGCCCUCCGUGCAACCCCGGCUACUACAACAGCAUUGACUCCACCUGUUUACCCUGCCCACCUGGAACCCACUCAGACGGCACCUACGAGUGCACUGAGUGCCCUGCAGGUACAGAGCCAGUGUUAGGUUACCAGUAUAAAUGGUGGAAUGUGUUGCCUUCCAAUAUGAAGACUUCCUGUUUCAACGUGGGCAACUCCAAAUGUGACGACAUGAAUGGCUGGGAGGUUGCAGGGGACCACAUUCGCAGUGGAGCAGGUAGUUCAGACAAUGACUAUCUCAUCCUCAGCCUGCAUGUGCCUGGCUUCAAGGUCCCAGCCUCACUUUCAGGGAUGACCGGUAGUGAGUUUGGCCAGAUAAGCUUUGUGUUUGAGACCAUCUGCUCUGCUGAUUGUGAGCUCUACUUCAUGAUGGAUGUGAACAGAAAGAGCACCACAGUGGUGGAGUCCUGGGAAGGCAGUAAGGGGAAACAGUCGUACUCGCACAGCAUGACCAGGAACGCCUCUGUCACGUAUACAUGGGCUUUCCAGAGGACUAACCAUGCUCUGGACAUGCGUCGUUAUGUCAGUGACAUGGUGAAGCUGUACUCCAUCAGCGUGACUAACGUCCUGGAUGGGGUGGCAUCAGCAUGUCGGGCCUGCGCUCUGGUACCCCAGAACUCCCAGCGGGCCAGCUCCUCCUGUGUUCCCUGCCCUGCUGGUUUUUACAUCGACAGAGACACCAACCGGUGCCAGGAGUGCCCGCCCAACACACACCUGGCAGGGCGCCACACCUACGGCCAGGACGCGUGUGUCGCCUGUGGUCCUGGAAGUGUAAGCAAUAAGGAACACUCUCGGUGCUACAGCGACUGCUUCUUCUCCCACACAGAGAACAACCGUACGCUGACCUUUGACCUCAGCCCCCUGAGUGAUGUGGCCUCGAUGACCAUCGGGCCGAGUUUCACCUCUAAAGGCACAAAGUACCUUCACCUGUUCAACAUUAGCCUGUGUGGACACGAGGGGAAGAGAGCUGCUAUCUGUACAGAUAACGUCACCGACGUGUCCAGCGUGGACGACCAAAGCGACAUGGCUCAGUUUGUCAACUCAGUCGACAGCUUCAUCUGUCAAUCAACCAUCAUCCCAGCAGAUGGGCGGGGCUUCAGGAUGGCCAUUUCCUCACAGUCCAUCAGCCUUGCAGACACUUUCAUCGGAGCAACAGUAGAUACCGUCCUGGAUGGCGUGAACGCUAAACCAGAUCUUUUUCCUGAAAAUUCAAAGGAUGUACCAGACAUCAACUUUUUCUACAGGUCAACGCAGGCAACGGCCUCAUGUGAUCAGGGUCGCAGCUCAGUCAUCACUGUUCGCUGUAACCCCGAGAAGUCUGAACGAGGAGAACUCUCUGUGCCCAGCUCGUGUCCUGCAGGAACAUGUGAUGGAUGUACGUUUCACUUCCUGUGGGAGAGCGCCAGUGCCUGUCCGCGCUGCGCCGAGGACGACUACCACCAGAUAGAGGGAGCGUGCAAAAGAGGCAUCCAGGAAACUCUGUAUGUGUGGAACGAGCCAAAGUUGUGCACCAAAGGUGUAUCGUUGCCUCCUAGAAGCUCCUCUCCGUGCGAGGCCAUCGCUCUGUGGCUGAAGGUCGGGGUCGGUGGCGGAGCCUUCGUGGCCGUGCUGCUCAUCUCUCUCACCUGCUAUUUCUGGAAGAAAAACAAGAGGCUGGAGUACAAGUACUCUCGUCUGGUGAUGUCUGCCAACAAGGAGUGUGAGCUGCCAGCAGCAGACAGCUGUGCCCUGGCUGAAGGGGAGGAACCUGACGACGAUGUGGUUUACACCAAGAAACCCUCCCUGCUGGGGAAACUCCGAGCCAUCGCUAACAAGCAUCAGGAUGGGGAGAGGAGCGAGUCUGUUCAGCUAAACUCCUCCCAGUCUGAUCGAUGGGUCCUGGGUUAAAGAGACACAAGAGAGAGAGAGAGAGAGAGAGAGAAGAAUUAAAAAAUCGGAGGAACAGUCAGUCAGUGCCAUGUCACUGCCCUCCUACUUAUGUGUCCUUUGACCCCCUCCCUUCAUUGUGGGGAGUCAACAAUAAAGACCCAUGUUUUCACUGGAAGCGGUUGCCACUCGCUAGCAAAAACUGGACAAUGGCUUUUCCUUCUCAACCCUAGAAAACACAGGAAACACACUCCUGCUUUAAUGCCAUGGAGGCUCCAGGGCAGCAGCUGAAAUAGAAACAUGCUUUUAAUGUUUUUUUGUAUGUUUUGUAUAUUUAUUUGUUUUGGGUUUCAUUUUGUUCAGAGUCAUGUAUUUAUAUCAAUGUUAUAAUUAUGAACCUUUAUUAAAGUCCAAUUUGACUUUGGGA